AUCGAUGAUGAUGAUGAUAAUACUGAUGCUGUUCUGUCUUCAGUGGGAGAGAAAAUCUGUGUCUUUCUAGAAGUUAUUAACGCUGCUUUAGCUCUUGCUGCCAGACCAAAAAGUCAAGUUGUGAAAAAAAACAUGGAGAUAUAUAGAAGUACAUGGGAGAAUCACAUCCAUGUUCUUACUGAAGCUGUGGAUGAUAUAACAAGUAUUGAUGAUUUUCUUGCUGUAUCAGAAAGCCAUAUUCUUGAGGACGUAAACAAGUGUAUCAUUUCACUGAGAGAGCAAAAUGUGGACAAUUUAGAUCGUGCAGCAGGUGCAAUCCGAGGACGUGCUUCAAGAGUAGCUCAUAUCGUUUCGGGUGAGAUGGACAAUUAUGAGCCAGGAGCUUACACCGAAGGAGUGAUGAUGAAUGUUCAAUAUUUGACCAAGAAUGUGAUUCCAGAGUUUAUUAGUCAAGUAAAUAUUGCAUUGGAGAGCUUAAGCAAGAACACGGUGAAUCAGUUUGAUGAUAACCAGUUUGUGGACAUUUCUAAGAAGGUGUAUGAUACAAUUCAUAACAUCAGGUGCUCAGUCAUGAUGAUUCGGACACCUGAGGAGCUAGAAGAUGUGUCUGACCUUGAAGAAGACCACGAUGCACGUAGCCGUACAAGUAUUCAGACUGAAGGGAAAACUGAUAGGGCCAAGAUGACUCAACUGCCAGAGGCUGAGAAGGAAAAGAUAGCUGAGCAAGUGGCUGACUUCAAAAAAGUCAAGAGUAAGCUUGAUGCAGAGAUUGAAAUAUGGGAUGAUACCAGCAAUGACAUCAUUGUUUUGGCCAAGAGGAUGUGUGUGAUUAUGAUGGAGAUGACUGACUUCACAAGGGGUAGAGGACCACUGAAGAACACAUCUGAUGUAAUUAAUGCAGCAAAAAUGAUUUCAGAGUCAGGAUCAAGGAUGGAUGUCCUAGCACGGCUGAUUGCCAAUCAGUGUCCAGACCAAUCGUGCAAACAGGAUUUGUUGGCUUACCUAGAACAGAUCAAGCUGUACUCCCAUCAGCUCAAAAUCUGCAGUCAAGUUAAAGCAGAAAUCCAGAACCUAGGUGGAGAGCUCAUCAUGUCAGCUUUGGAUAGCGUCACUUCGCUAAUUCAGGCUGCCAAAAAUUUAAUGAAUGCUGUGGUGCAGACAGUGAAGAUGUCCUAUAUUGCAUCCACAAAGAUUAUCAAGAUUCAGAGUCCUACUGGCCCACGACAUCCUGUUGUGAUGUGGAGGAUGAAGGCUCCAGAGAAGAAGCCCCUAAUUAAAAGAGAGAAGCCAGAAGAAAUCUAUGCGGCUGUCAGAAAAGGUUCUGCAAAGAAGAGAAUCCAUCCUGUUCAAGUCAUGAGUGAAUUUAGAGGCAGAGAAACAGUCUAA